CACAUGCGGAAGUAAACAAAGGUCCAGUCGCGUCACAGCUUCUCCUGCAACAUGUCGGCGUCCAGCUCCAGACAGACGUUCCUCAACCCGGCGAUUCCCUUCGCGGGGACCGUCCUGGGCGGGCUGCUGCCGGGGGAGAUGGUUCUCAUUCAGGGUUCAGUCCCGUCUGACGCCGACAGGUUCCAGGUGGACUUCAUGUGCGGCAGCAGCAAGAAGCCGAGGGCCGACGUGGCGUUUCACUUCAACCCGAGGUUCAAGAAGUCUCCGUGUGUCGUCUGCAACUCGCUGCUGAAGGAGCUCUGGGGCCAAGAGGAGAUCCUGGACCGGAAUCCGUUCCCCGUCGGGGAGACGUUCGAGGUCAUCGUCCUCGUCCUGAAAGACAAGUUUAAGGUGGCGGUGAACGGAGGUCACGUGUUGGAGUUUAAACACAGAGUGGAUUUGGAGCAAGUCGACACUUUGGCCAUAUCUGGAAAGGUCGAUGUUCAAGCUGUUGGAAUCCUCUCGAGCCAAAGUGAAGAUUCUUCUGUGGCCAGUCUGACCAAUCAGGAACAACCAGAGAUGAACGAGAAACUCCAUCAGACACCAAUCAUUUCUUCUCCAGGUGACUUGAGUGUUCCCUUCAGAGGAGAGCUGGUGAAAGGACUGAGUGUCGGACGCAGCAUCACUGUGAAAGGAGAAACCAUCCAGAACGCACAGAGUUUUUCGGUGAACCUGCGAGUGUCCGGAGGCAGCGACAUCGCUCUUCAUCUGAACCCUCGUAUGAAGAAAGGGGUCUUCGUCAGGAACUCCUUCCUGUCCGAGUGCUGGGGCCCCGAGGAGAGAAAGCUGGCCUCCUCCUUCCCCUUCAGUACGGGACGGUACUUUGAGAUGAUCAUCCUUUGUGACUCUCAGCAGUUCAAAGUCGCCGUCAACGGGCUCCACCAGCUGGACUACAAACACCGAGUCCAGGACCUGAGCCGCAUCAGCCAGCUGGAGGUGCUGGGAGACGUCACGCUGCUGGACGUCAAGAUGCUCUGAACUCUGACCUCUCACUCUCUCCAAUAAUCUGACUUAAAUCAUGUUUUAAAUGUAUGUAUUUAUAGGGUUCAAUAAUGGCAUCCCUUAUAAUAACCAACUGCAGUAUCAAACAUUAACAAACGGGUUUAUUGAUAGAAAUGACGGCUGUAAAGCCUGAAGUAAAAUAUUUUUUUUUAAACAGAAAAUGUCUUAACCAAGUUCCAUCCAGAAAUAUAUCAAACUAUUCUAAUGUGCUGAUUGUGCUUCUUUAAUUGUUGUUCCUGUUAAUGCACUUUGACCAGAUCAAAUAAAGCAAGCAUGUGACU